AUGGCGCGAUCCGGGCUUCUGAAUCGACUUCAACCCCGAUCGUUUGGAUCACCUCUACUCAUUACCCUCACUCUGUUCGUCGUCAGCCUCCUGCCGCCCUCCGCUGCAUUCCCCUCGUUCCACCCUCAUCCCAUGAAGCCGCGCGAGUCGCAACAGCUCAUGUUCCGGAAAUUCCUCCCCGCCAGCAAACACAGCGUGAACUCCCUGCAGUCAGAUUCCGACUCUCACGCUCCAUACGGUCCCGAUUCCGGGGAAGAAACUUUAAGCCAGGAAACCAGCGUGACCGCGUCGCAGCCUCCCGUUUGCGGCGGAGCUGGUGUUUCCGGCGAUCCGUCCGCUGCUGGGAGGCCUUGCCGCAUGGCACUGACCCAGCCUGCCAGCGGCGGCUCGAGGACAGACUCCUCACCCACGGAAAGAGCCAGCGACGCGAACAGACUUCUAUUGGACAACUCAGCAGCCGCCGCGAAGCGUGGAGGGGAACUCGGCGACGGCAGCAGCGCCACGGACGACGCUGCCGGCGGCAGCAACGGCAUCGGCGACAUGGUCGCGCGGAUCGCGCAGAUCAGAACAGCCGCUGUGGCGGGCGGAAACGGUGACCUUGAGGAACCCGACGCGGCUCGGGUCAACUCGCGCUCACGGGAUUUCGGCGACAUGUCGUUGGAGCCGCUGCAGAAGGCGAAGAAUGCGAACUUGGACGAAAUUCUGGCGCGCUCCGGUGGUACAAAUGCUGAUUCAGACCCCGAUGACAGCGCGUCUGAAUCUACUGUCAGUGGUGAGGCGAAACCUUCGGAGGGAGUGGCGGACGGCGGGAAGGUAACAGGCGAGGCGGGCGGAGAGCGCGAGAGCGAGAACGACGCGGGAGCGGAUGGUGAUGCGGGCGAUAAGGCAGAAGUGAAUGAUGCGGAGGAGGGGGAGACGGAGAACGAGGUGACGGGACAGGGGGUCCAGGGAUCUUCUUCAAAUGUGGUGAUGGUGUCGGGGGUUGACGAGGAAACAGUCAAGACGCCGGAGGCGGGUGCGAACGACCAGGAGGAGGACGACGAGGAGCAGCAGCAGGAGGGGGGGAGCCAAGUGGAAGUGGGCGGAGUGAAGCCCGGAGCCGGCAAGGGAGAGAUUGCGUCCGCCAACGACAACGGCGACGGGCGACGGCCGCUCGUGGCGUCCGUGUCUGGUUCCGCUGCCACGUCGCAUGAGCCUUCGCCAACUUCGGACGCGUCGCAGGAGUCGCAAGAAUCGAAGGAGUCGCCUGAGACAUCGCUCGGUGCAGCGGACUUGGAGGUGGUGGGCGUGCCGCAGCUGACGGAGAUCGACCGCACUUCAGGCGACGUGCGGCUGACGCUCGACCAAUACGCAGGAUUGGGCGCUGUUAACUCCAAGUCGUACCUGCGGUACGGGUUCGUGUCGGCGCGGAUCAAGGUGCCGCCCGUGUACUCGGGGAGCGUCAUCACCACGCUCUAUCUCACAAGCAAGCUGCCUGGGCGGCACGACGAGAUAGACUUUGAGCUGAUAGGCAGCGAGAGCCCGAGCGGCAUCCGCAUCCACACCAACUACUACGCCAACGGCAAGGGCGGGCACGAGGAGCAGAUGCAGCCGUGGUUCGACCCCACCAGUGAAUUCCACACGUACAGCGUGCGCUGGUCACCCGAGGCUAUUGUCUGGUAUGUGGAUGAGCGCCCCAUACGAGAGACGCGCUUCAACCCGCACAACCCAGCAGUCGGUGUGGUGUCGCCACUGCGCGUGUGCGCAAGCAUCUGGUCCGCGGACUGGGCUAUGCCUCCUAUGGAUUGGUCAUACGGCCCGUUCACAGCCCAGUACCAGGAAUUCAACUUCUCCUCCUCCAACCGCUCUCACACCAAGAGCUCGCCCACCACCAGCACCAGAAGCAGCAGUGGGGUGGGAAAGGGGCUGGGGGAAGAGGGACUGAGUGCGCAGGAGAGGGCGGAUAUGCAGCAGGUGCGAGCGCAGUACUUAACAUACUCCUAUGUGGACUUUUACAAGGAGCUGGCUAGGAAGGAAGCUGGGAGGGUAACUGCUUCGUCUUCCUCUCCGUCUCCCUCUCCUACAACUACUCCUCCUUCUCCUUCUCCUCCUCCUUCUCCUUCUCCUUCUCCUUCUCCUUCGCUCUCUCCGUCCCCUGCUCCUUCGGCUGAGAUCAACAAUGCAAAGAGGGAUAGGAGUAAGACGGAGGGGGGCAAGAGGGAUGGGGGAGGGGGGGGGAGCGAGGGAGAGGUUGGCAAGACAUUGGGGGAGGCUGACACUGCUGCUGCUCCUAAAGGCGUUGCUGCUCCCAAGAGUGCUGCUGCUCCCAAGAGUGCUGCUGCUCCCAGGAGUGCUGCUGCUCCCAAGAGUGCUGCUGCUCCCAAGAGUGCUGCUGCUCCCAAGAGUGCUGCUGCUCCUAAGAGUGCUGCUGCUCCUAAGAACGACACUGCUCCCAAGGGUGCCAUGGUCAACAAAGACAAAUAA